UAAACCUGAGAUACAGAGCCGACGAAGAGAGAACGGAGAAGAAAAGGAAGAAGGCGACCAUGUUGAUUGAAAGAAAAAAAAGAAACACAAUAGUAGCGAUUUUGUCUUAUGUUAAAUUCCACAUUUAACUCGACCCACACAGAAAGCAUCCAGUUUCCCGCGCAGUGGUUACCGCUUGCUAAGCACCACACAACCUAAGGUAAAAGUUUGAGUCAUUGGUGGGCUUUGAGGACGCGGUGGGUUGAUCACGGCCACGCUGGCACGUCGUAAUCCGACCUGUAGGUUUGGAGUAACCAGGGAGAGAAGGUCAAACACCUGGAUCAGGAAGGAAUCUCGGAGCGAGGACUCAGCAGAGGUGGAAAGCUGUUUGGCUUUGGACUAGAAAACCUCUGUGUGACUUAUACUUUCAGGAACUUCUUUUUCCACACGCUGAGCAACAUACACUCACAGUGGGAAUAAACCAAGAGCAUUAGAAACUGUAUGAUUUUUGGGGAAAGACUUGUACAAAGUUGGACAACCAUUUUUCAACGACAGGGAACAUUGAGCAAUUCUGAUGGACUCAAAUUGAAAACAGGAAGUACUGUCUGAUUCGCAAACCGAAGUUUAAGUAUUGAACUCAGAUUAUACUGAAGAAACUAUUCCCCAAGUUCAGAUUGCCUUAGUUGUUCUGUUUCAGGACUUGAAUCACUUUGACACUUGUUCACAUAUAAUUUUUCUAUAUCGUGAACAAGUAUAUUCAUGCAUAUUAAUGCAAAAUUCUCUUCGUUUUGAAGAGCUCUUGUGUAAACUUUUUUUCGGACUUUUGUCGUACGUCAGUCACUCUGUUGUUUAAGGGGGACCGAACUGCACGUACUUGUGUAUAUGUAAAUACCAUUGAGCAACUUCUGCUGUCAAAGAUUUGGACUUAAACCAGAAAUAGAGAAUAUUGUUUUGUUAAUGCUUUAUUAAACUUUUUUACUUUUGAAGAGAAUUUUUUAAGAAGAAACCUAAGAGUCAAAAAUCUAAUAACUUUAGAAGAAUUAAACAAAACAAAACACCCAGCUGAGAAAAUAUGGCAACUGCCAGAACAGAAAAUGUUGGCACAAUGGUCAUGGGACUGAACAAGCAAAAUGGCCAACUCAGAGGACAGACCAAACCAGCUUCAGUUCAGCCAGCACCGAUGACUCAAGCUAAAGCUAUGGGUGUUCCAGCAAAAGUGGGCGGCGCCCCUCAAGACGGGGGAGGCAUCAAGUUUGGAGACGAUUGGAAAAAGAGCCUCAAGCUUCCUCCCAAAGACAACAGGGUCAAAACCUCAGAUGUCACAUCAACUAAAGGGAAUGAAUUUGAGGAUUACUGCCUCAAACGAGAACUCCUCAUGGGCAUCUUUGAAAUGGGCUGGGAGAAACCAUCACCCAUCCAGGAGGAGAGCAUUCCCAUCGCCCUGUCCGGACGGGAUAUUCUGGCCCGUGCUAAAAAUGGAACCGGAAAAAGUGGAGCUUAUCUCAUCCCACUGCUGGAGAGGAUAGACCUGAAAAAGGACUACAUACAGGCUCUUGUCAUGGUGCCCACUCGUGAGCUGGCGCUGCAAGUGAGUCAAAUCUGUAUCCAGAUCAGCAAACACCUGGGAGGAGUUAAAGUCAUGGCAACCACCGGGGGCACUAAUCUUCGAGAUGACAUCAUGCGCCUGGAUGAGACUGUGCACGUGGUCAUUGCCACCCCUGGCAGGAUCCUGGAUUUGAUUAAGAAGGGAGUGGCAAAAGUGGAUCGAGUCCAGAUGAUGGUGAUGGAUGAGGCGGAUAAGCUGCUGUCUCAGGACUUUGUGGUGCUCAUCGAGGACAUCAUCAGCUUUCUGGCCAAGAACAGACAAAUUCUGCUCUACUCUGCAACCUUCCCCAUCAGUGUGCAAAAGUUCAUGAGCAAACACCUGCAGAAACCCUACGAGAUCAACCUGAUGGAGGAGCUGACGCUGAAGGGCAUCACUCAGUACUACGCCUACGUCACCGAGAGGCAAAAAGUUCACUGCCUCAACACACUCUUCUCCAGGCUUCAGAUCAACCAGUCCAUCAUCUUCUGUAACUCCACACAGCGGGUGGAGCUGUUGGCCAAGAAGAUCACUCAGCUGGGUUACUCCUGCUUCUACAUCCACGCUAAGAUGAUGCAGGAAUACAGGAACCGUGUGUUCCACGACUUCAGAAAUGGACUGUGCAGAAACCUGGUGUGCACAGAUCUGUUCACCAGAGGCAUAGACAUCCAGGCCGUCAACGUUGUCAUCAACUUCGACUUCCCCAAGAACGCAGAGACUUACCUCCAUCGUAUUGGAAGAUCAGGGAGGUUUGGUCACCUGGGCCUGGCCAUCAAUCUGAUCACGUCAGAAGAUCGAUUCAACCUGAAGGCCAUCGAAGACCAGCUGGUGACCGACAUCAAGCCCAUUCCCGGCAGCAUUGACAAGAGCCUGUACGUGGCCGAGUUCCACACCUCCAGCGGUGACUGCGAGGUGGAGGAGGUGGAGGAGAAGGCAGGACUCCAACAGGACAGCUCCUAAAUAUUUGACAGGAUGAAGACACCGGGCUUUUGCACGAACAUCUGUGCCAGCACACAAACCUGAGGCAACUCUUCAGUUCCACGUUUCCUUCUCCUUUUCACAGCCUGACCUCAGGAUGUAACAGUCGACUUUAUUUUCAUCUACUGCCUAUUCUUUUUCUUUCUUUUUUUUUUGUUCACUUUAAGUGAGGGGAAAGUUCCACUUUGUUCUGCACCAGACUUCUGCUUUAGAAUAUUUGUUUCUUGAUUUUGUUUUGUUUUUUGAGGUCCACAGAUGAGCGUCAGAGCUGCGUUCAACCGCCUUUCUUUUGUGAAAACGUGUUCAUUCUCCUCAGCACCAGGAUCAGCCUGUUGUUUUUCCUUUAACGCUAACAACGUUGCGUUCACACCAGCCGUCGUUCUCUCCACUCAAACACUGCUGUUCGUCACUUAAGUGCCUUAAACCCACUCACGUCUGCACUCGUCUUCUUUACGAUUUCCUCUUCUUUUUUUUUUUUCUUUUUCACUGUCACGCAGCAGAGCUCGAGCACAAAACAACGAUGACCUGAGUACUGAUUUUUUUUUUUUUUUUUAACAUCACAUUAUGCAAAGUGGGGGGGAGCGAGAAAAAAAAAAACCUCCACACGUGAAAUCACGGCCGAGACUUAACUGAAUGUGAGCGUUGAUUUUUCUAAAUGUGAACGUUGCAAUAGGAAAAAAAAAGGCAGCUUUAUUUAAAAUACUGCGUGACUGUUUAAUUCUUCUUUUCACCUGGAUGGAGGAAGCAGACGACAGACUCCGUUAAGAAAACGCUGCCAUCUGCUGUUACUUUACUGGAGAGCGUGGCACAUUUACCUGUUCAUUAAGAAGAUUAAGGGGUUUUUUUUGUUUUUAAACACUUUUGGCUGAAGAACACUGUUGAAACCCAGUGUUGCUGGAGGAAUCAUGGGAGUUUAGGACGCUUGAAGGCAGCUCUGAUAUGGGUUUUUUUUCUUCUCAGCUCACAAAUAAUUUGGCUCUAAAGCUGAGAGAUGUUUUUAAUGUUUGGUGCAAAACUUCAGUUUGAACUUUCCCCCACCUUUAAUUUUCUUUCUUAAUUUCCAUCUUUGUCUCUGGUUUAAAAAAAAAAAGAAAGAAAAUCAGCUGAGGUAAAAACCGUCUCUGAAGCCCGGUCAUCAUGACAGAAGUAGAAGAAGUUGGUGAAUGUAAUGUGUUGCCAAUGUUAAAAAAAAAAAGAAAAAAUGAAAAAAAAAAAAGAAACAAAAAUCCCUGCAGCCCAGUGUUUUGAUGCCAAGCUCUCAUUGUUCAGCAGCUGUCGCAGCGAUUCCUUUGUUAAAAGAAACCGUGUUUAAAAAAAAAAAGCAUUGGUUUCAUCAAUCAUGUUUACCUUUAAUUGGACUUAAACGUGAAAAUGAAAGCAGUGAUAUUAUGUUUGAGUAAUUUUGCCCCAAUGUGAGUUUUUUUAUUUUGAAAGCGAUGGCUUUUUUUUUUUUUUUUAAGCAAAAUUGUAGCAUCUUUGAACAGGCAGCUGUGAAGCGUUUUGUCCUCCCCUCACAGAGAGUCCUUGGUUUCUUUUUUCAAAAAUUUUUUUUUUUUUUUGGAAAACAGUUUUGCUUUCUAAUAAUGUAUUUUUGACUCUGCGAGGCUUUAAGCACUGCGUGAAUGCUGGAGGGAUGAAAUAUGUUUGUUGCGAUUUACAGAAGCCACUUUUUUUGUUGUUUUUUGUUUUUUUACUCCCACCUUUCCCCCCUGGUACUUUAACAACGACAGCUUUGAUUUCAAUUUUUUUUCCCUGAACUUUCCCCCCCAGUGUCCUGUUUGAUUCAGGUUUAGACUGACGUGCGUUCAGUUUAAUAGAAGGGAGAUUUCUGGAGAGCGACGUUAGCGCUGUGAUCUUCUCGACCGUCGUCGUCUCAGAGUCGAUCACAGUGCCGCGGUCGGCCUCCAGCAGCUCCGCCCCCUCCGUCUCCUAAUCUUUAUACGAGGUGAUGUGAAUCAUUUUUUGGCGUCGGCAGAAAAUGAUCAUAGAUUCAUCGUUUACACUUGUCAUUUACAGCUGAAAAACAAACUGAGAGAGAGAAAAAAAGAAAAGAAAAAUACUUUGCUUCAUAAGAGGAGGAGAUGCUUUAUUUUUGUUUCCCCCGGUUUUUGAGCGAUUUUCAGGAUUUACCUUGAAGCAAAACCAAAAAAGUGAGAGAGAGAGAGUGUGUGUGUUUGUGUGUGGGAAUGUGUCUGUUCUGAGCCCGUUGUGUGAGUGCUUGUCAUCGGUCUGUGAUGGAUGGAUGGUUAUGGUCACAUGCAGCUUCAAUAUGAACUGACAAUAAGAACAGCAGUUUCAGUCUGGGGUGGGGGGGGGGGGGUGGGAGGGUCUGUUGUCAUUUAAUUUGAAUUCCAUUCUGUUCAUUGGCUGCAUGUGAGCCUAACAAUACAAUGUCAGGGUCUUUUUAUGUUUCUCUUGGCUGUGUGUGUGUGUGUGUGUUAGUGAAUGGUUGAAGGAUGUUCCCAUCACGGUCCAUCAUGAUCUUUCUUCCGAUUACUGUCCGACACCGAGUCCUUAUCCGAUAAUGGUUUGACUUCCUGGUUGAAAAGAGUUGAUCCAAUGUACGGUGAGGCUCCGCGCUGACGGAGCAGAAAUCACUAAAGAUUCCCAAAUGUAAGAAAAAAAUCCUUUUUCAAAAACCAAUAUCUAUUUGGACAUGCAGUGUAGCCGACAGGUGACUUGACCGAAAUACUCACAGACAAAUGAUGGAGAAGUUGAGGUCAUUAUAUGACACUUUGGCGGUUGUUGAGGUGAAGCCCUCUGAUUGGUUGAACAUCAGGACUUCCCUGCUUUUGUUCCGCUGUCUGUUUGGUUCUAAUUGUCUAAUUGUCUCCCCCCCCAAAAAUUGCUAUGUGACAACAAACAUGUCAACAGUGGUGUGGUCAAAGCUGUGGUCACUCACUGCAGUCAUGAUGUGGAGACGUUGAUGGGAUCAUCUGUGAAUGAGUUCAUUUUUGUUUUCUGUGUGUGUGUGUAUGUGUGUGCACUCUGACCUGUCAGGUCUGUAGUGAUGGGAGUGGGGCUGGGGUGGGGGCGGGAGAGGGGGGUUGGAAAAAAAAAAAGAAAUGGGAGGGAGUCGGGGCAGGAGGGGGGGGGGGUUCAGGAACAAAGUCACUGUUUGGGCUUUUCUGCUUCAGCCUCUGCACAUUCUUUAUUGGCAAAAUUCGUUAACACAUUAACGGCCUAAUUAACAAUUACCACCUGCACAACUAAUUUGAAUGUGUUGGACGUCUAAAUUUGCUGCACUACAAAAAAUUUGGCAAAAAAAAAAAAAAAACAAUUUUGGAAAAAGUCAACAGCAGUCGCCUUCACAGUGAUGAUGUGACUUUGAAUUGGCUCUGGAACAGUAGCUCAGGAUUUUGACAGUAUUUCUGUACAACAGGGUUAGAUGGAGGAGGUCAGGGCAGGGUCACGGAUUUGAUCCAACAACUCUUCAAUUGGGCCGAAGAAAAAUUAGGAAGAAAAAAAAUGUUGGUACUGAAAUUAAGCUGUUCUCUGAUGUCAUUUGUCAGAAGACUCGGAAUUUGUUGUAACCGCAAAAAUGUUUGUCUGAAAUGUCACAAAAAGUAUGAAGUACUAUUGUGAAGUACUCUGCCCCCUACUGUUGUAACAAUGGAAUACAUGCAGGAGCUAAGAAUUGAAUAAAUUGAGCAGAAUCUA